CCUAAGAAAAGAUCAUAAAUCAUUAAACUAAGUUUACCGAAAAAUGAUGUUUCAUCGUUUCUAAAAUGUAAUGCUAUUGGACGUACUAAAUGCGUAUAAUAUUGACCAAUAAUCGUAAGCAUUAAAAAAAAGUAAAAUACUCCAAUUUGUGCAGCGUGAAUUGGCGUAAACGCGUUAUACGAAGUGAGUCUUGUGAAAAGUAUUUUUCUAGAUCAAAAAAUGUGGCAAUAUUUCUUAUUACAUUGACGAGUUGUUAUCAUUAGUACGAUAAUCUUGAAAGUAUUACUAAGUUAACGUAGAUUCAGGACUAUAUACACGGUGUUAUGCUAUGAUAUAUGACGAAUAUACAUUGACAAUACAUUGACGCUAAUUCGCUAUCCAUUUUUCUAAACGGUUGGUAGAAUUUAUGCGUUUGGUGUACAGUAGUCCGGCGACGGCGUCCGUUUGUAAGAAAGAAGGAAAAAAGAGGAUUCCUUUGUUGGAAUCAAAGCUGACCUUCUGUGUUUGAAAAUCAAAGAAGAUAAAAAAUCGGUAAAUUUGGUAUAUUUGAGAAUUCAACAAGCUUAUUUUUCUUUUCUGUAAAGUGGAAGAAUAACAGUGGUAUAUAGAACAAUUGAGGGGCUCCCAUCCUCGGGAGCUUCAGCGCCUCGGCGCUUAAGCAGUGAUAGGAAAAAAAAGGAAGAAAUUACGGAAGGGGGAAGGUUAAGAGGACGGCAGGAAAAGGAAGACGCGCCGCCGUCCAUCAUCAUGAAGCUCGUCGACCACGUGGUGAGAAGCUUCAAGGUGGCAAAAGUCUUCAGAGAGAAUUCCGAUCGUAUAAACAGUAUCGAUUUCUCGCCAAAUGGAGAUACACUCAUCUCCUGUUCGGAGGAUGACCAAAUUGUUAUAUAUGACUGCGAAAAGGGCACUCAAGUUCGCACAGUCAAUUCUAAGAAAUAUGGUGUCGAUUUGAUUCAUUUCACUCACGCCAAAAAUACUGCCAUCCACAGCAGUACCAAAGUAGAUGAUACUAUUCGAUAUCUAAGUUUGCAUGAUAAUAAGUAUAUACGAUACUUCCCUGGUCAUACCAAGAAAGUUGUAUCACUUUGCAUCAGUCCUAUAGAAGAUACAUUCCUUUCCGGAUCAUUAGAUAAGUCCUUGAGGCUUUGGGAUUUACGCUCACCAAAUUGUCAUGGUGUUAUGAAUGUUUCGGGACGUCCAGUUGCUGCGUAUGAUCCUGAAGGUUUAAUUUUUGCUGCUGGAGUAAAUUCAGAGAGUAUUAAGCUAUAUGAUUUACGCAGUUUUGAUAAAGGACCUUUUGUGACCUUCAGACUUUCUCAAGAGAAGGAAUGCGAUUGGACUGGAUUGAAAUUCAGUAGAGAUGGUAAGACCAUUCUAAUAUCGACGAAUGGUAGUACAAUCCGUUUGGUUGAUGCUUUUCAUGGAACUCCAUUACAAACUUUUGCUGGUUAUUUAAAUAAUAAAGGCAUCGCAAUAGAGGCUAGCUUUAGUCCGGAUUCACAGUUCGUAUUUAGUGGCUCUACGGAUGGUAGAGUACAUGUAUGGAAUGCAGAAACUGGAUACAAGGUAUGUGUCCUUAAUGGAGAUCAUCCAGCACCAGUUCAGUGUAUUCAAUUCAAUCCAAAAUAUAUGAUGUUGGCAUCUGCAUGUACCAAUAUGGCUUUCUGGUUACCAACAGUUGAUGAAACUGCAUAAGACUAAUCAGACCAAUGUAGGGCAAUGCUCUCAGAAAUUUAUUUAUUAUUGGUAUGGAAACAAGCUGCGAACUACAGCAAACAGAACGAAAUGGUGGUCUAAAACUCCUGGGUAUAUUGAUUGAAAGGAUAUCGCAUCUGUAAUGUAUACAAAA